UCUAAACUGGUUCUCCCAGAUACAUCGGCAUUUUAAUGCCCGACUCCCCGUCGUCGACGAAAAUCCCCAAGCCACCGGAAAUAAUGAGCAGGUCGCCGCCGGAGAUAACAUUGUCAAUGGCCUCCUCGUCUGUGACCUCGUGGUUGCAUGUCAUAUAAAGCCAGCGUCCUUCGUCAUCAGCUGCUUACAGCAAAAACCAUCAAGCAUUAUUCAAAAAUUCAACCCUAUCAGCCUGCAACAUUUCCAAUAGUAUCGAGACCAUGGCCCAAAAAUACGCCAAAGACCAGCCAUCUGGCUUCACCAACCGCAUCGAGCGAGUAGCUAUUGUUGGCGCCGGUGGCUCUAUCGGCAAACCUAUUGCUCAGGAGCUGCUCAAGACCGGACAACAUACCGUUACCGCGUUGACUAGGACGGACAGCACCAGUGUCCUCCCCGAUGGUGUCAAGGUCGUGCGUGUGAACUACGACGAUGAAGACUCUCUUGUAUCAGCCCUGGAAGGCCAGCAAUUCCUCAUCAUCACGCUGGCUGUCACCGCUUCCCACGAUACACAGUCGAAGUUUAUCCGGGCCGCUGCACGCGCUGGCGUCCCCUACGUUAUGCCCAAUUCAUUCGGCUGGGAUGUUCUGAAUCAAAGGCUUGCGAAAGAUAUUCCCCUCGCUGGGGAGGCGUUCAACACUGCUCGCACCCAGAUUGAAGCCGCCGGGGUGUCGUCGUGGGUUGCGCUAGUCUGUGGCUUUUGGUAUGAGUUUAGUCUUGUGAAUGGGGAGCCGUGGUUUGGGUUUGACUUCAAGGAGAAGAAGGUUACGUUCUUUGAUGAUGGAGAGACGAAGAUUAAUGUCAGUACAUGGGAGCAGUGUGGGCGUGCGGUUGCAAAGCUCCUCAGUUUGAAGGAGCUGCCUGAGGAUGAGAACGACAACGAGCUUGCGUUGAGUAACUGGCGGAACAAACCGGUUUAUAUGGACAGUUUUGAAGUGAGCCAGCGUGACAUGUAUGAGAGCUGGAAGCGGAUUACUGGAGAUACUGACGAGGACUGGACUCGUGCGACUGAGCCUGUGACUGAGCGAUAUGCGCGAGGGCUCGAGCUUUUGGGGAAAGCAGACCGCUCAGGCCUGGCGUUGGCUAUGUAUUCGCGGAAUUUCUAUCCCACUGGAGAUGGAAACCACGGGCGAAACCAUGCGCUGGUCAAUGACUUGCUUGGUCUUCCAAAAGAGGAUCUGGAUGCGCGGACUGUGGUUGCGAAGGAUUUGCUAGACCGGGGUUAUUCUUACUUUGGGAACCGUCUUUGAUACUUGCCUUGGUAUGGAGACUAAUAGACGUGCUUCGAUAUAGCAUUAAGUUAUCAGUUUACAGUCAUUGGGAGAUGAAUAUAACAAUAAUUAUUCUACACCCAAUCUAGGGCUCGGAUACACCGCAGACCACCAAGCUAAAUAUGCCCUAUCAACCUCCAACAGAGGCACGUCGACACCACAGGCCCUGCCCCCUCAGUAGGAAAAGAUGGCCUCAAAAUGAUACAUCCUUAUCAAAGCUUAGUGCUGGAACUCAUGCUCCGUACUGGCGCGAACAAACGCUG